AGAGUCGACGUGUAUUAUGUUGGUGCUCGAAAAACUUCCUGUUUCAUGUAUACCAGCUUUCAAAACCGAGCGUAAUUUAAACAACAUUUCAGCGACAUUUUAGGGAAUAUCAGGUGUUGUGUGCCCCAGGAACAGAGUGUGACAAUGUCAGGAGAAAUUUCCAUGAUUGGUAAGCUGACUGUCUUUUAUUGUCUGUUAAUAACCGGUGUCUAGAUGCUCACACAUUGACAGCUUUGGUCCACCUGUGAUAAGCGUGUUCUUACCAUGCCAUAGGUUCGGUUAUCCUGGCCCUGUUUCUGGCCGGUUAUCUGGGCCAGCAGUACCUACCACCCCCCAAACCAAAGGUGAUCGGACUGGACCUGGGGACCACCUUCUGCUCUGUGGCAGUUUUUCACCCGGGCAGCGGGGAGGUAGAGGUUAUAGAGGAUGAGGAGGGGAGGAAGAGCAUCCCGAGCGCUGUCUCCUUCACCAACGACGCAGUGCUGGCUGGACACGAAGCCGUGGACCUGGCCGACAGUAACCCUCAGAACACCAUCUAUGACGCCAAGAGGUUCAUAGGGAAGAUAUUUGAGGAUGAGGACUUGGAGAAGGAGAGUGUUAGGUACCCAUUUCAGGUAAGUCGUGGAGGUAGGGCUGGGCGAUAUGGGUAAAAGUUUAUCAGAUACAUUUUCUUCAUACAUAUUACGAUAUUAAAAUGAAAUAUAACAGUACUUAUUGGUAGCAUUUCUUUUACAGUACAAUAAGCUGCUGCAUCUGUGACGUCUUUGUGUCUCUUCGACGUUUUGUUGUACAGCGUUGCGCUAGAGAAAGCGGACUGAAUGGUACCUGCGUGAAGCUGGCCCCCACCCCACGCAAAAUGUCAGGAAAAUAGUCUGCUUCUUUUGUGCUGAUUUGUGCCGUUAUAAUUUCUGUUUGUGCUGCUAUGGUUUUUACGUUAUUAAGUACUGUUUUAUAGGUCACCCAGAGGUCACCCAGGCCCCCAUUUGUUCCGAAUCGACCCGAAAUGGUGCCAUUCGUUAGUGCUUCGUUUGUGCCAUUCAAGUUUUUGUUUGUGUUGCUUUGGUUUUAAAGUUAUUCCACAUUUUUAUUUUCGGCGAUGACAUCACCCAGCCCCCAUUUGCUUUAAAUGGACCCGAAAUGGUGCCGAUCAUUAGUGCUUCGUUUGUGCCGCUGUUGCAGAGAAGUAUGCACCUUGCAGAAACGCGCACCGCUUAUAAUAUAGUAGCAAUAACUUAAAAACUGUAGCAGCACAAAUGUACAUUUUAACGGUACAAACUAGCACAAAAUAAGCACAAACGAAGCAGACUAUAUUCCCGACAUUCUUCUUGGGGUGGGGGGCCAGCUUCACACAGGUCUGUAUGGUCGGCUGUUUCGGCUGCACAGGUGCCAUGGGAUCCUCGCUCUGGACUUGUAACCUUUUGCGUUGUGCGUGCUCUUGCCACGUGGCACUGCUUCAGGUGGUGAAAAAGAUUUGAGGUAUUUCGGGACUGUGCAAGAACAUGUACUCGGCAUAAUUGGCAGUGCGCAGUGCAGUUGCGUGUAGCUACAGCCUGUUACUAUGCAGCUGUUUGCAACUUGGUUCUAAUUCAGCACGAUUGGUGCAGAGCAAAGCGGACCUGGAGCAGUUCCCCUUUUUAUAGGCUGUUCGUAUAGUUUACAAAAACAUGGCAGAAUGCCGGCUAUUGAAAAGCAUAUUGACCAUGUUUUAUUUUGAUAUUGAGGGAAAUUAAUUUUCGAUAUAUCGUUAUUGUUUUAUUGCCCAGCCCUACAUGAAAGUCUGUUUGACCGUAGAACAAUUUAGUCUACGAUGUGUUUACUUGUAGAAAUGUAUGUAAACAAUUCCCCUUUUUAAUUGGAUUGUUUCUUUCUCUCUUCUCAGGUGGUUAAUAGUAACGGGAGUGCAGAGUUUGUCAUCUCCACCAACGGUACCUUCACUGUGAGCCCAGAGUUCAUCGGCUCGAGGCUGCUUCUGAAAAUGAAGAAGAUGGCAGAGAGACAGCUCGAUGUGUUUAUUCAGAAAGCUGUCAUCUCAGUUCCUGCAGACUUUGACGAGAGACAGAGGAACUACACUGUCAGGGCUGCCAACCUCGCCGGUCAGUUUUAAUAAUGAUAAUAUCACAAUAAGUUUAUUUAUAUAGCACUUUUCAAAACAGAUUUACAAAGUGCUUCACAACAAACAAACAGUUCCACUUGCUGAAAGUUUGAGCAGCACAUUUGACGAAGCUACACAUCAGGAGCAUUUGUGUAAAAGCUCUGUGAGAUGAUUGCUGUAUUUAAUCUUCAUCCGUGGGUAGAUAGAUUUCAUGAAAUAGUGCAGUUACACAUAUAAGAUAUAAAAACAAAAACCCUACACAACAAGACUUUUUUGAAUUAUUGUAAUUUUGAGUUUUUACAGGUCAUCAUCACCAACUUAAUGUAUUUGUGCUGACUCACACAAACACGCAUCUAUAUUCACACAAUCAAAUACAGAAAUUGUGUAUAAACGGUUUUAAAUGAUCUCUAAAUGUACUCUAUAUCUUUUAAUAAAUCCUUGUACAUCAGUUUGUCCUUUAAGAUACAUGCAUUACAAAUAUUUGAUCUCUCCCGUUGUCUUGCAGGCUUGGAGAUCCUGCGUGUGAUUAAUGAGCCCACAGCAGCAGCAAUGGCCUACGGUCUGCACAAGGUGGAUGUGUUCAAUGUGCUGGUGGUAGACCUGGGGGGAGGAACCCUAGAUGUUUCUUUGCUCAACAAACAGGGAGGCAUGUUUCUCACCAGAGCCAUGGCAGGUAAAGUGUUUACCCACUUCAGUGUUCAGUAACGCAGUGAGGCAGUAGAAAAUGUAGCUUUUGUUACAGGGUUAAAGUCCAAAUGAAAUGAAAGAAAUAUGCCGCCAAAACUUUUAGCUGAAUUUAUCAAGAGAACAAUGUGGGAUCAGCUAAAUUGGGAACUUAUGAAAGCAAAUCAGAUAGGUCAAUAGAUAAAAAGUCUAAAUAAUAAUUGGAAAUAUUCUAAAAGGUUUUACUGCUGCAGGGACCUGUGUGACUGUCAUAUUUCUCUGCAGGGAAUAACAAGCUGGGAGGUCAAGAUUUCAGCCAGAGGUUGCUCCAGUACACCACAGAGCGAGUCCAACAGGAGUUUGGCGUCCUACCCACUCUGAAAGAGGACAUCCACCGUCUUCGACAGGCUGUGGAAACAGCCAAACUUAACCUCACCCUCCAACCUUACACCACCAUCAGGGUACCUCUGCAUAUUCACACCCAUGAAAGCUCUGAUUCCUCCAAGGGUUCUGCUCCUGCCCCAGUCCUCUUUCAGACUGUGAUCACACGUGAACUCUUUGAAGAGCUCAAUGAGGAUCUUUUUCAGAAAAUUUUGGCUCCCGUUGAGACUGUGUUGUCUGAAGGCCACCUAGAGAAGGAGGAAGUUGAUGAGAUUGUUCUGGUCGGAGGGUCCACCAGGAUACCCCGGAUAAGGAGACUUAUCAGCGAGUACUUUGGGAAGGAACCUAAUACGUCUGUAGACCCUGAUCUUGCGGUGGUUACUGGUGUGGCUAUCCAGGCUGGGAUCAUGGGCGGUUCUUGGCCUUUACAAGUGAGCGCCAUAGAAAUUCCCAACAGACACCUGCGCAAGACAAACUUCAUCUGAUUUUUUUCCAGGGUUAUUUAUUCCAUUUAAAGGGACGCCACAGAGACUUGCCAGUAGUUUGUGACUGCUCCAUGCUUAUCUUUUACGCAUAAUUUUAAAUGAGCUAAAGUCACAAAAUAACAUCUGAAUGAAGACAUGCAAAGUAUUCAAGUUGUCCUUUUUAUCUCAUGCGUUGGUGUGUGAAGGGCAACUCAAGCAGAACAAUGUGAGGCUGUUAUCUACCACAUACUUACAUUCCUUUUUCCUUCAAAGCUGAAACCAUCUGUCAAAGUGUACAAACCGGUUUGAAAGUGAAAGAUUCUCUGUAGCACAAAGGCUGUUCGUUGUUUCUGCGUCAGUGGAAAGAACAUUUUAAUUUACUUCUCAAGACUGAAGUCAUCUCUCACUUAUGUUCUGGCACUUUCAGCUUCUUUUUUGACGUUUGUUCUCAUUAGAUCCUCUAAUGGUUUUCAAAUCAGGGAGCCGCCUUUAUUAUUUUUUUUUCAAAAUACUUAAAGGAUGAGUGCAGCCGCAUCGAUUUAUUUAUUUAAUUAUUUAUUCAUUCCCAUGUGACCUCUAUGUCUGGUUUAUUUGUAUGUGAGAUAGAGAGAGUGUGUGUGUGAAUAUUGGUUCAGUUGUUUUGUUGUUCUUUAACACAUUUUUACAUCUUUCCAUCAAAGGUUUACACACUGUUCAAGGUACUCGCUUUUCAACAGUUGAAACUGACCUGUUUCUGUUUUCAAAACUAACUUCGAAACAUUCAGGAAGUCAAGUAUUUUGUGGUUCUAUUAGGGAACUGUUGUCGAGAUCCUCAUGAGGCUCAGCAGAGAGGAUUUAUUUUCAGAUAGAAGUCAUUGACAUGUCAGUGAAAACAUCUAGUCAUCCAUUAACCAUUUCAAGGUUCUCUACUUUACAGAUGACUCACUUCAUGGCCAGAGUCGAGUGGAAAGGUGCACUUUUCGUAAAGCCUUUGAACAAUGCAAUCUGUUUGGAGAAAUAGAGAUUGCAUUAUUCGUGAGUGAAAGAGGAGUUAUACUCAGUGACGCACUUUGAGAUUGGCCAACUUUACUUUUUUUUUUUUUGUUUAAUUCUUCAUACUGUGUUUAAACGGCCAUGUCUGCCUCUUUCUUUAAACUGUAACUUUUUGUGUUGAUCAUCAUAAUGAAGUAUAACAAUCUGCUUUUUGCUGCUGUAGGUAAACAGGUCAGCUCUGGUAAUCUCAUAGAAGGACCAAAGCAUUGCUUUACUAGUGCCUUGUGGACUUGAUCAUGAGAAAUGUGUUACUGUCAAAGAAUGUUUAAUAGACUUGAACAUUGUGGUUGCCCAGGUUGCCUAAAGUUUGACAAAACUCUAGACUAAUUUUGAGUGAACAAUGUUUCUUCUGCUCGUUUGCUGGCUCACAGCAGGACUUUUUGUGCAUCCAGUAUGAAAAAAAAAAAAAAAAGAUUUAUAAGACAUAAAACUUGGAAAUCUAUAUUUCUAAAUUAUCUGUCACAGUGAAUUGCAAGCUGCCUACAUUCCUUUAAGGGUGUUUCUCAACUUGUUGCUGCCAAAUAAAUGUUUAUCUGAUGUUAUUGUCAUCUGUGUCACAGAGUUGUGAUUAAAUAACACCAACUUGGUUGACCUUAACUGUUCCAUUUAAUCUAUUUACUUUUAUUAAAUAUUGAAGAACUA